GUUAUUGUACUAAGAUCUCGGCGGUACGACGCGCCAAUAUUGUGUCGAUUGCGCCCCUUUUAUAAGAAGGCGCGGAUACGUGAAAUGAAUCGAACGAUAUUCAAAAAUAUUUUUCCUUUGCUAAAACGGACCAGCCAGUAGUUGGUUUUUAAUUUUGUGCAGUGCAGCCGGUUUCGUUGUUUUUUUAAAGUUUCGAAAAUCAAACGUCGAUUCGUAAAUAGUUUUCGUGUUACUUUUUCACAGUUUACUUCUGUUCAAAUGUUUUCGGAUAUUGUGUCGCGUUAACGACUGUGCAGCAAGAGUGAAUGAAGUAAAGUAAGCUCACGAGAUGACUUCAAACAAUAGGGACGUUACGUUAGAAAUUACAAAACGCAUAACUAUUUGACGAGUCGUCGCGUCUCGAAUACCUAUAGUCGUUAUAAACUCUUCAAGUGAACAGCUCGGGUGAUAAACAUGGAGAUUAAAAAGAUUCUUGGCAUAUUUUUAGUGUUAUCAGUUGUGCUGCAGUGUUACCUAGUUGACAGUCAGGAAGCAGCAUUUGAGUUACCGGUGCAACUUGUGGGAUUUCCCUUUAUUAUUCUGAGUGUGCGGUUGACGAACUUUUUGAAGAAACUGUCCUAUUCUGUUAGUCCAGCAACCUACAGAUCGCGCAACCGCCGCUUCGCACUGCACCAGUCGAGCGACCAGUCUAGUCAACUCGACCAACCAGACAACUUCGACGCUAGCGAGGUGGAAAAGUACAUAGUGAACGAGUUUGGACCCUCCGCUUGCGUGUUCCAGAGCAUAUGUGGGCAGUAUGCUGAGCUGGCCACCAAGGAACCGAGGCAGGCCUUGGACUGGCCUGAAGUUUUUAGCCAAUACCAAAGGUUCCCGGCUGAGAGCAGAGACUUCUACCUACUGAGCGUGUUCCUCGGAGAGACAGUGAAGUCUCCAGAGCUGUGCCGACAGCUGGGGGAGCUGCGGAGUUGCGGGGAAAUCAACCUUAAUGACACGCAAGAUGAGACCAACACCUUAGCGUGAUUUAGUUUAAGUUCUAAGAAUGUGUUACGGCUAGACGGUUAUAUUGAUGAACAGCUGACGCUAUA